GCCACGCCCCGCAGUUAUGGAGGGGCUGGUGGGGGCUGUGCCAAGAUGGCGGCCGGGCGGGAGUCGGAGCGGUAGCGGUAGGGCUGAGAGUCCCCGCGCACCUCGCCCUCUCCCUCUCCUUCUCAGCCCUGGAGGAGGCGGGCAGCUCCGGCAUCCGCUGCCUCACCGGGACGCAGCUGCGCCACGACCCCAGCAGCGACACGGCGGCAGCGGAUGGAUGCCAGUGGAGAAGGGAAACUGCUGGGGAUGAGAAGAUCACUGUUGAAGCAGAGCACACUGCAAACAUGACGUGCUCUUUCAUGCUUGAAGCUGGAUAAAUCUCUCUGUCUCAGCAGGUGGAAAGUGAAACCCAGGCCUGGAGUAAUUCUGGUGGUUUCUGUGGUUAAUCCCCAGGCACUGCUCCUCACUCCUCAGAGACUCAUGGCAUUUCUGGGCUUUGCUCUGUUUUGGUGAUCUCAUUAGCACAUUUUACACUGAAGUGUGGUCCAGCAGCUCUGGGGCAGCUCAAAAUCCUGCUUCACCUUCAUUGCUGGCAUUUCUUGUCUGGACAGUUUGGUUUUACUUGAUGCCUUGUGUUUAAAUGCCGUUCCUUACUCCUGCUCUUGCUGAGGACACAGUGGGUUGGGGCUGGGCCCUGCCUGGAGCACAGAAGGAUGGGAUUGCAAGGAGCUUCUUUUCAAACUGGGCAAACACAAGGAGCCUGAUGAGACAGGCAGAGACUGUACCCAGUGCCUGGCAGUCUGCCUUUGUCACAGCUCCAGGGGCACAGUCUGCUCCUGCAUCCCCUCCCUCUCUGCCUAUCCCCUACCCCUGGGAUCUGUAUUUCCUGAAAAUAAAUGGAAUUUCACCCUUCAAGAGUUUGCUUCAAAGUGACAGAGGAAAAGCUUAAUAAAAAUGCCAAGGUCACAUUUUCCUUCUCUCCUAAAAUAAUAUGACAGAUCCAAUAUCUGCAUUACUAAUUACGAGUCUGAGCUUGUUUCCUUUUUAGGGGCUUUCUGAUUUACCUGGGGCUCUUUUUCUCAUGCUACAGAAGCACAUGGCUGCAGCCACUCCUGAAAGUCUGUGGGCAGCAGCUCUCUAAGACUAGUAGUUAUUUAUUGCCUUGGCUAAAGAUGCCCUCACACUGCAAAAAAUAGCUGUGUGAAUGUUCUCUCUUGGCAAACACUGUAUUUUGACAAAAGUGUUUCACAGAAAAAUCACUUUGCAAAGGACAUUUAUCAUUCUCUUUUGAGCUGGAGCAAUCCUCAGGCUGAGCAGAGACAAGCAGGAUUUCUCCCAACAACCCCACUGUCCUCACCUGCCACUGACAGUCCAAGAUAAAGCUGCAAAGACAUUGCUGCAAAAUGUCACUAAAAUCUUCCAGGAAGUGAUUUAGCAGCAAUUAAAAAAAAGGAGAAAAAAAAAAAAAAAGUUAAUUUUGAUGGUGAUGGCAUUUCACGCAGCAGAUCACUUUGGUUUGUAGGUAAAAGCUAGUGGAACAGAGUGUGUGAUCACUUGGUGUUAGGAAAAACCUCAAAAAUAGCAUGUUUGGCAAAAGUGGGAAAUUAGCUGCAAUAACUGAGCUAUCAAAGACAGUUACUGAUGGGGUAAUUUGGGUUAUUUAAGUCUGUUCCAUGAAAAUGAGGAUUAGGAAGAGGCAUAAUUAAAAUAUGCAAAGCCGAAGGGGAAUAGAGAAUAGAUAUUAAGUCACUUUAAAUUAGUAAUUCAUGAGAGGGUGGAAGGGAGAGAAAUGGAUGAAAUUAUGCUCUGAAAGGGCCCUGAUACUUCAUUGUUGCAGAGAGAAAAGCUAUUCAGAGCCUGAGCACAUCUUCUGUGCAUACAGAAAUUGGAGAGGAGAAGGAUUGAAGAGCUGGAUGUCCACUGAGGGAGCUGAUCCCGCAGGGUUCUCUCACAUCUGAGGGAGUAUGUUUCUGCAGGGGCAUCAGGAGUUUUCCAAGCUCUGUUUUCUGUAUGUUGACAGCAGAGCUACAGGAGCUCGACCAGGAGAAUCCUUAGCAACUCUGUUAGGAUUGUGAGAGGCAGAGUCUUUCACCCACAGUGUUCCCUGGUGUGCUGAAAAUUAAUUCCAUCAGGCUGGGCUUUACCCUUUAGUCAGACAGCAGAGAUCAUUUCAGCGUGAUGUUUUUGUUACUGAGCAUCAAAAGUCAGUGCAAAGCUCCUGAAGGCACUGUUUUGUCUGCCAAUAGAGAAGAUUUUUGUUACGGAAUCAAAGAAUCACCAGGAAAAUGAGUUAAGGCUUAAAUCAUCACUCCAUGGAAGCACAGAGUUGAUUUCCAGAUCAGAUCACCCAAUUAUCCAGAGGUAAUCAAGGACACAGGGCAGCCCAUCCUUUGGUGAGUGGGAAAGGAUCCUUUGACAUUCCUAGAGUUUAAGAACUGUGGAGCAAGCUGUGAGUGAGCUUUGCCUGCUCCAACAGCGUUCCAGCCUGAAAAAAUGUCCAUGUCUGGUUUUGCAGCAGCAGCAAAGGCAUCCCUGGCUGUUUCCUCAAUUUCUGUUCAAAGCCUUUAAAUAGAUGAAAGUUUGGUUUUGCAGGGAAGGAUUGUGGGUUCAGCCAUGGUGGAAUAUCAAAUUCACAGCAAUUUUCAAUAUUGUAUAACUGCCCCAUUUUAAUUUAGUUUUAGCAACUUAGAAUUCCCUUUCUAUCAAGUUUAAUGAUUUAUCUUUAAUACAGCUGUAUAUAUAGCUGAACAUAAAUAAGGUUAUAGUUGGUAAUGUAACUCACUGGAGCCAUUGAAAGGAAGUUUUAAAUAACAAUCCAUGCUAAGAAAUGUUGGGUUGCAGUAACAAUCCUAGAGAGAGGAAUCCACAUUAAUAUUGGCCAAAUUUAUUAGGGUUAAUAUUAAACAUUUUAAAUAGAACACCAGUAAGGUGUGAAGGUGUGGAAUGGUGCCUUUGAUUUGCUUCAGUUCCCUAACUGGCCUUUGUGUCAGCUUUAAAGCAGUUGGGAAACACAGCAAAUUUGGGGAAUUUGAUGUAAUGCUCUGCCCCUGAAACAGCAGCUGGGGCUGUUUCAACCCCCCAUAAUUUAUAGCUAUUUAAAUUGUACUGUGACACGUGUAACAGAGAACUGAGGCUGUAGGACCACGUGUGUGUCCAGAUCAGUUUCUGGUGCUGAAGCAGGUGAAAGUUGUGUGUAACUGUGAAACCUCCCAGGUGGCAGAAUGGAGACUCUCACUCAUGUUACUGACUGUCCCCAGGCCCCACCACUGCCACCAGAACCUCAGCUGGCUUCUUCCCUUCUUGGAGAGAAGGACAAUGAGAAGGAGGUGGAUAAGAAACCUGUACCUGUUCCUACACCAGAAUCAAUCUACAUGAGCUCUCUUCUGGGAGCUGAAGGUGCAGAAGAAGACGAAUUUCUCCUGCCUGGCACCCUCAGCAGCAGCAUGAGCACAAUGGAAGACCCCAGAGUCCGGCCGCAGAAGAAAUCCGAGCUUACAGAGGAACUGCUGGAGCGACUGAGGGGCAUUGUGAACGAGGGGGACCCUAUGACAAAAUACACUGAAUUUGUUAAAAUUGGCCGAGGGGGUUUCGGGACUGUUUACAAAGCCAUCAACCCAGCCACAGGAGAUGUGGUGGCCCUAAAGAAGAUGCCUCUCCGCAAACGGAACAGAAAGGAACUCGUUGUCAAUGAGAUCCAGAUCAUGAAGGAAAACCGGCAUCCCAAUAUUGUCAAUUAUAUAGACAGCUACCUGGUGGAUGAAGACCUGUGGCUUGUGAUGGAAUAUGUCGAUGGAGGCACUUUAACCAGCGUUCUUGUCCGAGUCUUUAUAGAGGAAAGAGUUAUAGCUGCUAUCAGCAGGGAGUGCCUCAAAGCCCUGGCUUUCCUUCAUUCAAAGAAUGUGAUCCACAGAGAUGUCAAAAGCGAUAAUAUUCUUCUUGGGAUGGACGGAUCUGUGAAACUGACUGAUUUUGGCCUGUGUGCUCAGCUGACCCCGGAGCGGAGCACACGGUGCACAGUGCUUGGCUCUCCUUACUGGGUAGCACCAGAAAUCCUGAAAAGAAAGGAGUAUGACACCCAAGUGGACAUCUGGGCCCUUGGGAUUGUGGCCAUUGAAAUGCUGGAGGGAGAACCUCCAUACUUUAAAGAAAGCCCUGCCCAGGCUCAGCGCCUGAUAGCCCAGAACAGGUACCCCCCUCUGAGGAUGCCCAGCAAGAUGUCCAUUCUGUUCCAUGCCUUCCUGCACUCCUGCCUGGACAUCGACCCCAGCAUCCGCUGGACAGCCAGGGAGCUCCUGGAGCAUCCAUUUUUACAAACAGCCAUGAGUCUCUCCGUCCUGCCUGAAUUGAUCCGUAUAGCCAGGAAAAUCUGUCAGGCCAUAGAAGCACUUCAUGUCACCAAAGCCAGCUCAGAGAACAAACAGGAAUAAAAUUUUCACUCCUCUGGGAGAUUUGCUCCCUUCUCA